GUCAGAUGGAGGUAGGCAGGAUGGCCAUCUCCACGUGUGCUGGUUCUCUCCUGCAUUGGACGGCCUUCAUCCUCCUCUCAGCUCCCUGGUCGCCACUGGUGUCAUCCUUCAAAGUGUCAGAGGGGGGUGUGGCCUCGCUGUCCUGUCAGUACUCCGUGAAGCGCUUCGGCCUGAGCCGCGUGUGCUGGGGGCGGAGCUGCGGAACCUUCUGGUGCAGCGACAUCCUGGUCCAGACCGACGAGACCGGCAUUAUCUCUAAGGUGACGGACAGGUACAGGUUAACGGGAGACGUGCUGGACGGACAGAUGGACCUGUCUAUCCUGAACGUGAGGAGGUCGGACAGCGGCCCGUACUGCUGCAGGGUCAACAUCAAUGGGAUCUUCAACGACAAAAAGGUGGUCAUGAACCUGCGUGUGGUCAAAGUACCAGGGUCAAUCACCAGCACCACACCGAGUACCAGCGCCAUGACUGAACGCGUCACGACGGCCCCAUGGGCUUCAACCACAACGUGGAGGAACAUCUUGUCCUCCCAUCUCGAGCUCUUCAGAAGAAACUCCACCCCCCUGCAUUCCGGAGCCAUCACUAUGGAGGACUCUGUGCCCACUCUGUCUCUCCAGAUCAACGUUCCCGUGCUCUCCCUCUCCCUCUGUCUGCUGCUCCUGGUGUCCGGAACGCUGAUUGUCCUUGCCUUUAAAUGUGGAAUCCAUAGAAGAGCUUCAAUGAAAGGCUGUUUCUCAACCAGGGAACCCCCUCACAUCAUCUACGAGAUACGCCUGAGGAGGCCAAUUCAAGAAAACAUCUACACCUUGGACUGAGGUCUGAGACAACACUCUGAGAUUGCUUAUCCCCGACAUUUUGUACUGCUCUGAUAGACUGUUUGACCUGAUCAUAUCCUGUGUGUAUAGAUCUUAGGCAUAGCUCAAAACACUAUUUUAUGUUGUCUUUUUUUAUAUCUGCGUUAAUGAAGGAGACAGGGAUGACAUAGUCAAGCGAAGUUGAGUUUGUGCCGUUGCCGGUUGCCAAAGUUCAAGACACUGUGACGCCUGGUGCCCACUAGUCUGUGAACACAUGGUUGACACACUCGCGGGUUGAGCCGCCAUUCACAAAAUACCAACUUUGUCACGCAUCUGCCUGUAGUGUUUCCUAAUGGAAAAAGUCUGCUUGUAUUCUAUGGGGUCAGAACAGUCUC